GAAGACCGCAUAUAUGUGCCGCGAUAGAAGCUCUCUGUCAUACUACAUGUGAUGUUUACGAUUUCAGUGCGGGGAGAAACUUGUAGUCAUCGAUAUUUAUUCCUCGGCGCGGUCAUAUAACGGAAAUGUCAAGUGUUAUUUAAAACGUAAAACGAGUUCUUUCGACGCAGCCGGCAACUAGGACUAGAAUCAAGAUGAGCACGAAACAUUUGAGCACCGGAUCAAUACCACCGCCUCUCGUACGUGGGAAAUUACGCUUGUACAGCAUGCGUUUUUGUCCGUACGCGCAAAGAAUAUUGCUCGUGUUGGACGCAAAACAAAUUCCGUAUGAUGUAGUAAAUAUAAAUUUAAAACACAAGCCAGAGUGGUUCAUAGAAAAAAGCCCAUUGGAAAUUGUUCCAUGCAUUGAACUUGAGGGAGGACAUACAUUAUAUGAGAGCCUGAUUAUUGCCGAUUAUCUGGACGAGGCUUAUCCACAAAAUAGACCACUGUAUUCAUGUCAGCCUUUUGCAAAAGCCAGAGAUAAGUUAUUGAUUGAGAGAUUUAAGAAUGUGAUAAACAUAAUGUAUAAGUUAAAUAAAGCACCAGCAUUGGACCAGGGUCUAUUCAAUGAAUUAUUGGCUGGUUUAGAAUUUUAUGAGCGGGAGUUAGUCAAAAGAGCAACAGCUUUCUUUGGUGGGCGCAAGCCUGGAAUGUUAGAUUUCAUGAUAUGGCCAUGGUGUGAAAGAGCUGAUGCAAUGAAAAUUCUACGAGGAGAACAAUAUGUCAUACCUCGAGAUCGUCUUCUGCGCCUGUUUGAAUGGAGAGCUGCUAUGAAAGAAGAUAUCGCAGUGUGCGGCAGCUUCUUAGAACCUGAGAUACAUGCUAAGUAUUUACGUAGUCACCUAGCUGGUGUACCUGAAUAUGACUAAAUAGCUAAUUAAAAUCAGAGUACAAUCUAAAUCAGAGUAUCAUUCCACUUAACAAUGUACUAAAUUUGAGUGAUACAAAUAUUCCUUUAUAUGUUGUCAGUGGUCCAAAUGCAGCACAAACUUUAUUCUAUAUAAUUAUAUAAAUAUAUAUAGCGAUUAUAUAUUUAUAGAAACAGAGAAAAUUUAUGUUUGAAAUCUAAGAUAAUUAUUAUUAAUGAUUUAUAGAACAAAGAAGCAUUUAUUUUAAUUGUUGUCGACUAAUAUAUAAAAAUAAAGAUUGCUUUUGCAAAAAUGUAUCUCAAUAUGCUUAUCCUGGUCCAUGCAAUAAACAAUUAUAUGUUAUAUGGGAAAGGAGAUAUUUCUCAAACAUUGUGCUAAUUUUUUAUUUAUGAUGUAUCCAGAAUUUAUAAAUUUAGAAUGUUUAUUACAGUGAUAU